AAAAACAAAUUCUGGCUAAUUUCUUUGUAGCAUGACACAACUGGAAACUUACCUUCACACAUGCAGAGGUACACCCAAAGACAUCCAAAUUCAGCCUUAAUUUUGGGAAGCCGUAAUCAGGGUCUUCUACAGAGAACAUUUCACCAUGGGAUGCAUCAGGCUAUUCAUGCACAGUGCCCUAGUUUUGAGAGGUUCCCCCAAAUCAUUUUCUCACACUGCAUCCACUUACUUCUAGGAUAGACAUAACACACCUUCAGUGAGCUCCUGCAUGUUUAGUGUAGCUGCCUGGCAUUCAAUAGAGUGACCCUGCUGCUUGGACAGAAGUUUUAACCUGUUCCCUGUUGAGUGUAGCUAUACCUGGUCACCUUCUGCCACCUGAGCUUCCACUUCCAUGUAAUGUCCUCUGCUGUGUGCAGGCAGCAGCUGGAGACUGAGCAACGUGGGUCCAGUGCGUUUUGUGCCAGCCGCUCCGGCACAAUAAUGCUGGAGCUGCGAAGAGCUGUCAGUACUGAGGCGUGCAGUACCCCGAGCGGCACUCGGUAUGGGUAUUUGCUGACUGAUAACUGUCCCUCUGGUGAGCAACCCCUGGAUGGGACAGGGGCAUAAAGCACCUCCAAUAAGGCCAGUCUCCGUCCUUCAAAAGAGACCCGAGGCUGUUCCUGCUGAGGAGAAAGCCAGACCCCAGCCGCAAUAUGUCCCAGCUGGAAACCGCGAUGGGAAUGGCCACGGCUGUCUUUGACAAGUAUGCAAAGACAGAAGACGACACACAAACCCUCACCAAAGCAGAACUGAAAACCCUCCUGGAAAAAGAGCUCCCAAACUUCCUCUCAACGGGGAAGGACAAGGGCGCUAUCGAUAAAGUCUUCAGGAAUCUGGAUGAAAACGGUGAUUUCCAAGUGGACUUCAAAGAAUUUGUCAUCUUUGUGGCAGCUCUGACUUGCUGCUGUCAUAAAUAUUUUGAGCAGAAAGCAGCCAAACAGUUGUCGAAAUGUUCAGAAGACACUGUCUUUGCCUGUGCUCCAUAUGCUAAUGCUAUGGAUCCUGUCAUCCCUUCCACGUACUGCGCUGCAGUUUACAAGCAUGCUGGGCUGUAAAAAUAAAUCCUCCUGUGCUUACAUCCCUGUCUUGAAUGCUAAAAUCCACUCCUUUGUGGAAGAGCCUGGGCUUAAUGGGUUCCACUAACAAGUAUGGAGCAGUUUUUCUCUUUCUCUGCUUUCUGAAAUACUGUUCUUAACCAAAAGGCUCAAUAUCCAUCCCAGGCAGGGCGGUAAACUGCCUUUCCAAGCCCAUAUGGAUUUAUUUCCUAUUA